UGGGCCGCCGUGCGCCGCGGACAUGUUUUAACAUGUUUUCUUAGUAAUGUCAAAUUAAUAAAAUAUAUUGAUGCAAAUGUAUAACAUUUAAAAACAAACGCUAACGUCGGCGCACAUGUAUGACGUCACAACAUGCGACUGAGUUAACCGACCCCGCAGUGUGGAGCAUGCUGGAUGUAAACACACCGCAGACUGACGUUAACAUUACAGACAGUUAUUCUUCUUCUCUCCGCUUUAAACUGCGUAUUGCCUUUGGCUGGUGACGUCGUUUACACUUCCACAGUUCCCUUCCUGUUCUCCACACAGAGAUGUCUUGUUUUGGAGGAAAUCCAAACUUCUGUCCGGAGUGUGGGAAUGUCCUUCCUCUGCCGGGGAUCCCGGACACGGUGCGCUGCCCCCGCUGCUCCUUCUGCAUCCCUGUAGCAGAGUUCUCCAAGCAGGAGAUCCGCUCCUCGGUGGUGUUUAACCCUGUGGAGCAGUCCACGGUGACCCUGAAGAACGAGGACAACUCGGAGCUGAAGGGAGCCGUGAUCGACAGGCGCUGCUCCCGCUGCAACAAGGAGGGCAUGGUGUACCACACCAGGCAGAUGAGGUCCGCAGACGAAGGGCAGACGGUCUUCUUCACCUGUAUAAACUGCAGAUAUCAAGAGAAGGAGGACUCCUGAGAAGAGGUCCCGCUCUCCGUGCUGCUUCAGAUGGAUUGUACAUAUGACAACAGGCCCUCCACCUCUGCUUUAUCUAAUAAUGCUGUCACUCCUCUUGAAUUAUUAGCAUUUUGAAGGAAAUUUGACAAAAAUAAUCUUAACUCAGACUCCACUUGCUUGGACCACUAGCUUUCUUGUCCUGGGUCUUCUGCAGUUCUUAGGUAUACUGGAACUCAUUGAUAAUCUCAUCCCAGUGAACAUUUGUCUUGAUCCACUAAAGCUUCCAAGGUUGGAAAAGAACUUUAAUGAACAAUAUCCGUUAACUAAGUUGGAUUUUCUUUGCCUUUUGAGCCUCAAACAAUCUUUAUGUUCAGAAAUUAAACUUUAUCCAUUUUUUAUAGGUUAAAAUAUAGAUAUUUCUAUGUUAUCCCCUGUUACUUCAACAUGAAACUAUAAAUCUUCCUAAAUAAAGUGUGUACGUGGAA